AAAAUAAAAAAAUGGCUACUUCUGCAAUUCAACAAUCUGCAUUUGCUGGCCAAACAGCACUAAAGUCACAAAAUGAAUUUAUUAGGAAAAUUGGUAGCUUCGAAGGUGGACGUGUCACCAUGAGACGUACUGUCAAAAGUGCACCACAAAGCAUAUGGUAUGGAGAAGACAGGCCAAAGUACUUGGGACCAUUUUCUGAGCAAACACCAUCAUACUUGACUGGUGAGUUCCCUGGUGACUACGGAUGGGACACUGCUGGACUCUCAGCUGACCCUGAGACAUUUGCUAGGAACCGUGAGCUUGAGGUGAUCCAUUGUCGUUGGGCCAUGCUUGGUGCUUUGGGAUGUGUUUUCCCUGAAAUUUUGUCUAAGAAUGGUGUUACAUUCGGUGAAGCUGUUUGGUUCAAGGCUGGAUCUCAAAUUUUCUCCGAAGGCGGUCUUGACUACCUUGGUAACCCAAACCUUAUCCAUGCUCAGAGCAUUCUUGCCAUUUGGGCAUCCCAAGUUGUGUUAAUGGGCUUUGUGGAAGGAUACAGAGUUGGUGGAGGCCCAUUAGGUGAAGGCCUCGACAAGAUCUACCCGGGGGGUGCCUUUGACCCUCUUGGCCUUGCUGAUGAUCCCGAGGCAUUUGCUGAGUUGAAGGUUAAGGAAAUCAAGAAUGGACGAUUGGCUAUGUUCUCGAUGUUUGGUUUCUUUGUUCAAGCUAUUGUUACUGGAAAGGGUCCAAUUGAGAACCUUUCUGACCACAUUGCUGAUCCAGUUGCCAACAAUGCUUGGGCUUACGCCACAAACUUUGUACCCGGAAAAUGAAUUUAGUACUCUCUUAUCUGUAAAAAUUGUGGGGCUACUGCAUGUCUUUUAUGUA